UUAGUGUUAGUCUUAGUGUUAAUAUUAGUGUUAGUCUUAGUCUUAGUGUUCAUCUUAGUGUUAGACUUAAUGUUAUUGUUAGUCUUAGUGUUAAUAUUAGUGUUAGUCUUAGUGUUCGUCUUAGUGUUAGUCUUAGUGUUAGUCUUAGUGUUAUUGUUAGUCUUAGUGUUACUCUUAGUGUUAGUCUUUGUGUUAUUGUUAGUCUUAGUGUUUGUCUUAGUGUGUGUGAGUGUUUGUGUGUGUGUGUGUGUGUUCAUUCUAAACUCUAAAAGCAUUUACACACAUGAAGUGGACGCUAGCGCUCAGAGUGUUUCUGUGUCUGGCCUGCAGAUUAGAGCGGAUUAAAGUAAAUCGGAUUACGGCUCACAUGCUCACACUCGGAGCUGCUCCACUUCACACAGCGCUCUGUAACUAGUUAUUAUUUACACACAGAUAAAGAUCCCGAACCCUUUCAGCACUGAGGUGUGUUACCCCUUCACACUGACCCCCUCUCGGGGUUAAUUGGGGCAGAAAUGAACACCAGCAGUCAGAUUCGUCUUCUGCUGUGGAAAAACUGGACGCUGCGCAAGAGACAGAAAAUUCGGUUCUUGGUGGAGAUCCUGUGGCCCGUCUUCCUGUUCGCUGGACUCGUGUGGCUCAGGAGAGCGAAUCCUCUUUACCAACAACAUGAAUGUCAUUUUCCCAACAAGGCCAUGCCUUCAGCAGGAAUUCUGCCGUGGAUUCAGGGAAUUUUCUGCAACGUUAACAAUCCCUGCUUCCGUUACGCAACUCCGGGAGAAUCUCCAGGAAUCGUGUCCAAUUACAACAACUCCAUACUGGCUCGGUUUUACGCCGACGCUCAGGAGCUGCUGUUUAGCGACGCUGAGUUUCAGCAGUUGGGGCGACUCUGGCAGGAAGCGUCCGAUUUCAGCAACUUCAUGGACACACUGAGGAAAGAUCCAGGCCGAGCUACAGGGAGAGGACUGAAGAUCGAGGACAUCCUGAAAGACGAUGAGACUCUGACGUCGUUUCUGCUGAGGGACGCCGGCCUGUCGGACUCUGUGGUCCAUCAGCUCACAAACGCACGAGUGCGGGUGGAACAGUUUGUGUAUGGAGUACCUGAUCUGAACCUACAGGAGAUCGCCUGCAGUCAGGUUCUCCUUGAGCGAUUCAUCAUCUUCCCGAGUCGGCGUGGAGUUCACGGGGUUCGUAACGCGAUGUGCGCUCUCACACCGCAGAAACUGCAGAAGAUCGAAGACAAACUGUACGCCAACAUCGACUUCUUCAAACUCUUCAGACUGUUGCCGAUGGUGUUGGAUAAUCACUCCAGUGGAGUUGAUCUGCAGUUCUGGGGGCGUGUUCUCUCUGCCGUGUCUGAGAAGCUGCAGCAGUUAUUGAGCAGGCCGAGUUCCAGAGCUCUGUCUGUGGUUCUGCGGCGUGUGUUUGAGGAGAACGCUCCCUCAUCCUUCACUCAGCUCGUCUCGCUCGUGUCUGAUCUGUUCUGUGGUUACGAGUCGGAGGGAAACUCUCGGGUUCUCUCCUUCAACUGGUACGAAGACAACAACUUCAGAGUGUUCCUGGGAAUAAACACCUCGCACACACACAGCGAAUACACGUAUGACCACACGACCUCUCCGUUUUGUAACGCUCUGAUGCAGAAUCUGGAGUCGAACCCUGUCACUAAAAUCAUGUGGAAUUCAGUGAAGCCUCUUGUGAUGGGUAAAAUCCUGUACACACCCGACUCUCCUGCUGUACAUAAGAUACUGAAGAGUGCUAACAGCACCUUUGAGGAGUUGGAGCGGUUGAUAAAUAUGGUGAAGGCGUGGGAGGAAGUGGCUCCUCAAAUCUGGCAUUUCUUUCAGGACAGUGUUCAGAUGAAUAUGAUUCGGGACACACUCAGGAACCCAACGGUGAUGGAUUUUCUGGACCGGCGUCUGGAGGAGACACAGUUCACCACCAAACACAUCCUCAACUUCCUCCAUGACGGUUGCUCUAGAGACCGCUACGAGGACAUGCCCGACUUCGACUGGAGGAACAUCUUCAACCUGACUGACCAAAUCCUGCGCACCUUCAUCCAGUACAGCGAGUGUGUAAACCUGGAUAAGUUUGUAGCUCAUGUGGAUGAGGAUCAGAUGAGCCAUCAGGCUCUGUACCUGCUGCAGGAGAAUAAGUUCUGGGCCGGAGUGGUGUUUAUGGGCGUGUACCCGUGGAGCACGGAGGUGCCGAGACACGUCACGUAUAAAAUCCGCAUGGACAUCGACGCCGUGGAGCGAACCAACAAGAUCAAGGACAGGUACUGGGACCCUGGGCCGAGGGCGGACCCGGUGGAGGAUCUGCGUUAUAUCUGGGGAGGAUUUGCGUAUCUGCAGGACAUGAUCGAGCACGGCAUCCUGAAGCUCCUGAGCGCUGCUCAGACACCGCUCGGGGUUUACGUCCAGCAGACGCCGUACCCCUGCUACGUAGACGACAUGUUCAUGCUGACGCUGAACCGCUGCUUCCCGAUCUUCAUGGUGCUGGCGUGGGUCUACUCCGUGUCCAUGAUGGUGAAGAGCAUCGUGCUGGAGAAGGAGCUCAGGCUGAAGGAGACGCUGAAGGUCAUGGGCGUGACCAACGGCGUCAUCUGGUGCACGUGGUUCAUCGACAGCUUCCUGAUGAUGACCUUCAGCACGGCUCUGCUCACCUUCAUCAUCAUGACUGGAAAGGUGCUGAACUACAGCAAUCCCAUGAUCCUCUUCUUCUUCCUGUUGACCUUCACCAUGGCCACCAUCAUGCAGUGUUUCCUGAUGAGUGUGUUCUUUAACAAGGCUAAUUUAGCCGCAGCCUGCAGCGGCAUCGUUUACUUCACCCUCUACCUGCCCCACAUCCUGUGUUUCGCCUGGCAGGACCGAAUCACCUCCAGCAUCAAGCUCGCCGUCAGUUUGUUGUCUCCGGUGGCGUUCGGCUUUGGGACGGAGUAUUUAUCCCGCUAUGAGGAGCAGGGCCUGGGGCUUCAGUGGGACAACAUCAGCACCAGUCCACUAGAGGGCGACGAGUUCUCUUUCCUCAACUCCAUCCGCAUGAUGCUUUUCGAUUCGGUUCUUUACGGCGUGUUGGCCUGGUACCUCGAUAACGUCUUCCCAGGUCAGUAUGGGAUCGGGAGGCCUUUUUAUUUUCCCCUCCAGACGUCCUACUGGCAGAGUGCACAGCGCCCCCAGGCCGACGUGGCUGAUCCAGCUCCUGAAAAACCUCUGAUAGAAAACCCGGAGAUGAAGAAGGAGGACGUACACACACCUGACAUCAUCACAGAGCCCUCAGUGCCGAACUGCAGCGACUCCCGCAGGCCGUGCAAACACCAAGAGAAGAGGGAGAGGAUGAAGAGAGAGAGAGGGGAGAGGAUGAAGAGGGAGGAGGAAGGUCUGAAUCCUCAGGAGGAGGAGAGACAAGCAGAGCACACAGGAAACCCGUUGUUCGAGGCCGAGCCUGAGGGGUUGGAGGUGGGCGUGUGUGUGAAGGAGCUUGUGAAGGUUUAUCCUGGAAGUUCACGUCCAGCUGUUAAUGGUCUCAGUUUGAAUUUCUAUGAAGGACAGAUCACGUCGUUUCUGGGACACAAUGGAGCAGGAAAGACAACCACACUGUCCGUUCUGACCGGUUUGUUUCCUCCGACGUCCGGGACGGCGUUCAUCAGCGGGAAGGACAUUCGCUCAGACAUGGACGUGAUCAGACGCUCUCUGGGCCUGUGCCCUCAAUACAACAUCCUGUUUAACCAUCUGACGGUGGAGGAACACAUCCUCUUCUACUCGCUGCUGAAAGGACGAGAGCGGAAGGAAGCUGAGCAGGAAGUGGAGAACAUGCUGCAGGAUCUGGGAUUACCACACAAACGAUACGAUGAAGCGCAGAAUCUCUCCGGUGGGAUGCAGAGGAAGCUGUCGGUUGCCAUGGCGUUUGUCGGAGGCUCCAAGGUGGUGAUUUUGGACGAGCCCACUUCAGGAGUCGACCCCUACUCCAGACGCUCCAUCUGGGAUUUACUCCUGAAAUACCGUGCAGGCCGGACAGUGAUCCUCUCCACUCACCACAUGGAUGAAGCUGAUCUUCUCAGUGAUCGAGUGGCGAUUAUUUCUAAAGGGCAGCUGCACUGCUGCGGUUCUCCUCUCUUCCUGAAGAACUGCUUCGGUGUUGGAUUUUACCUCACACUCGUCCGCCGUAUUAAAGACGUACGCAAGAAAGAGAACGAGUGUGACUGUGCAUCUGAAUGUUCCUGUAUGUGUUCCACCUGCACCAGGUAUAAAGAGGAGAGUCAGACGCAGCAGAUCGACAGAACCCUGGACGGUGACGUGGAGAACAUCACCAGUCUGAUCCACCACCACGUUCCUGAGGCGCGGCUGAUCGAGGUGAUCGGUCAGGAGCUCACGUACCUGCUGCCUAAUAAAGGCUUUAAACACCGAUCCUACGCCAGUUUGUUCCGGGAGCUGGAGGAGACGCUGGGAGACAUCGGACUGAGCAGCUUCGGCAUCUCAGACACCUCACUGGAGGAGAUCUUCCUGAAGGUUACCGCAGACGGAGAGGCGGCUAACGGCAGCGUGAACCCAGAAGGGAACGGCGUGCAGGAGAUCGGCGUGCAGGAGAUCGGCGUGCAGGGGAUCGGCGUGCAGGGGAACGGCGUGCAGCAGAACGGCGUGCAGGAGAACGGCGUGCAGGAGAUCGGCGUGGGAACAGGUGGAGACUCGGACAGCGGAGCGGGAAAAGCCUCGAGACAGGUUAAAGGGUUCAGUCUGGUGAUGAAACAGUUUCAAGCUUUACUGGUGAAGAGAUUUCAUCACGCCACACGCAGCUCCAAGGACUUUCUCGCUCAGAUUGUUCUGCCAGCAAGCUUCGUGUUAGUUGCUCUGUUCUUCACUCUGAUCGUCCCCCCGUUUGGCGAGUACCCGAGUCUAACGCUCACGCCGUGGAUGUACGGACAGCAGUACACGUUCUUAAGUAACGAGCGUCCGUCCCAUCCCAGCAUGAGACACUUCAUCUACACGCUGCUCAGAGACCCGGGCAUGGGGACGCGCUGCAUGAAGGACCAGCCGCUAGAGAAUUUGCCGUGUGGGAACAUUACGACGGAUUGGGAAGUUCCACCAGUUUCUCCGGUGAUUAGUAACAUCUUACUGAGCCCUGAGUGGACAGAGCGAAACCCCUCCCCUUCCUGUCAGUGCAGCACCAAUCAGAAGCUCACAAUGCUACCCGUCUGUCCAAUCGGAGCAGGAGGACUGCCACCACGCCAGAGAAAAGAAGCGACAGGAGACAUUUUGCUCGACCUGACAGACAGAAACAUGUCGGAUUACCUGGUGAAGACGUAUCCCAGUCUGAUCAAGACCAGCUUAAAGAGUAAAUACUGGGUGAAUGAGCAGAGGUACGGCGGCCUGUCAGUAGGAGGGCGACUUCCUGUUCUGGAUGUGGAUCCUGUAAACAUACAGAACGUCCUCUAUCAGCUCGGGAACAUGAUGAACAUCACCGGGGGUCCCUACUCCAGGUUGGCUGUUAAAGAAAUCGGUCCGUUCCUGCGCCACAUGGAAAGCGAAUAUAACGUCAAGGUGUGGUUUAAUAAUAAAGGAUGGCACGCCAUGGUGGCCUUCAUGAACGUAGCGAACAACGCCAUCCUGCGAGCCAACCUGCCGUUUCACGCUGAUCCGUCUGAGUUCGGCAUCACGGCCAUCAAUCACCCCCUCAACCUGACCAAGGAGCAGCUCUCUGACGUCACAAUCUUGACUACGUCUGUGGACGCCGUCGUGGCCAUUUGCGUGAUCUUUGCCAUGUCCUUCGUCCCGGCGAGUUUCGUCCUCUACCUCAUCCAGGAGCGAGUGACGAAGGCCAAACACCUGCAGUUCGUUAGUGGCGUCAGUCCUCUCGUUUACUGGCUCACCAACUUCUUCUGGGACAUGGUGAAUUACUCCAUCAGCACGGCCAUGGUGGUGUCCAUCUUCAUCGCUUUCGAUAAAAAAUGCUACACGUCAUCCACCAACCUGCCAGCACUCAUCACCCUGCUGAGCUUAUACGGGUGGUCAGUCACUCCUAUGAUGUACCCGAUGUCGUACGUGUUCAGUGUUCCCAGCACUGCGUACGUCUCUCUGUCCUGCAUUAAUCUGUUCAUCGGCAUUAACAGCAGCGCCAUCACCUUCAUCCUCGAGCUCUUCGAGAACAACAGGUCUCUGCUCCUGUUUAACGAGGGAUUAAAGAAGGUGCUGCUGAUUUUCCCUCACUUCUGUUUGGGACGAGGCCUGAUCGAUUUGGCCAUGAACCAGGCGGUGACCGACGUCUACGCCCGAUUCGGGGAGGAGUUUGUUCUGGACCCGUUCAGAUGGGACUUUGUGGGGAAAUACGUGGUGUGUAUGGCGCUGGAGGGCUUCGUCUACUUCAUCUUUACUCUCCUCAUUCAGUACAGAUUCUUCCUGGAUCACUGGUUGUGUGACUACAGUCAGAUCCCAGUUCCUGAUGAAGAUGAUGAUGUUGCUCAGGAGAGACAGAGGAUCUACAGCAGGACACGAAACAACGACAUCCUGCACAUCCGAGAUCUCAGCAAGACGUACGUGGGGAGGAAGAGACCGGCGGUGGAUCGGAUCUGUGUGGGCGUUCCACCUGGAGAGUGUUUCGGGCUGCUUGGUGUAAACGGUGCUGGAAAAACAACCACUUUUAAAAUGCUCACUGGAGACACGGACGUGACCUUCGGCGAGGCCUCGGUAGCCGGAUUCAGUAUUCUGACUAACAUCCUGGAUGUGCAUCAGAACAUGGGCUACUGUCCUCAGUUCGACGCCAUCGAUGAGCUGCUGACGGGCCGAGAGCACCUGUACCUCUACGCUCGCCUCCGCGGAGUGCCGGAGUCCGAGAUCAGCCGGGUGGCGCAGUGGUGCGUCGAUAAAAUCGGCCUGUCGGAGUACGCAGCUCUCUGUGCUGGAACUUACAGCGGAGGAAACAAGAGGAAGCUGUCCACUGCCAUCGCCAUGAUCGGCUGUCCUCCUCUACUGCUGCUGGAUGAACCCACCAGCGGGAUGGAUCCUCACUCACGCCGCUUUCUGUGGAACGCCAUCAUGAGCGUCAUCCGAGACGGCAGAGCUGUAGUGCUAACAUCACACAGUAUGGAGGAGUGUGAGGCGUUGUGUACUCGUUUGGCCAUCAUGGUAAACGGCACAUUCAAAUGUCUCGGCACUAUUCAGCACCUCAAAUACAAGUUCGGGGAUGGUUAUGUGGUGACGAUGAAGAUCAGAGCAGCUCGAGCCGGUUCCUCUCCUGAUCUCGGUCCUGCUGAAGCCUUCAUGGAGAGCAACUUCCCGAAAUGUGUGCAGCGUGAGAAACACUACAACACCCUGCAGUAUGAGAUCACCUCGUCAUCGCUCGCUCGAGUCUUCCAGCUGGUGGCAGAAAAUAAACACAAACUGAACAUCGAGGAUUAUUCCGUGUCUCAGACCACGCUGGACCAGGUGUUUGUGAAUUUUGCGAAGCAGCAGACGGGUGAGGAUGAUGAUGAUGAUGUCGUUCUUCAUCCCAGAGCAGCCGGAGCGAGACGAG